AUGCCGUUCAAAGUUGUUAUCGUGGGAGGCAGCGUCGCCGGCCUCUCGGUGGCCAAUAUGCUCGAGCAAUUCGAUAUAGACUAUGUCCUCCUCGAAGCUUACCCGCAAGUCGCACCCCAGGUUGGAGCCAGUAUUGGUAUAUUGCCUAAUGGCUUCCGCAUCCUCGACCAACUUGGAUGCUUCCAGCCUAUCCUCGAUAUUGCUGGCGAGUGUCGAUACACCGUCGGCGGUAUGCGUGGGCCUAACGGCGCUCUCCUCUCUGCCUCUUCGCAGACUAGCCUAUCUGUCCAUUUUGAGAAGAGGGUCGGCUAUCCCUCUAUCUUCAUCGACCGGCAAAUGCUACUGCAGAUUCUCUAUAAUAAUCUUAAGCAUAAAGACCGAGUCUUAACAAAGAAGCGAAUUUCUCGCGUCGAGCUGACCAAGGAUGGCGUCCAGGCUUACACCGAGGAUGGGUCUGUGUAUGAGGGAGAUAUCGUGGUAGGGGCCGAUGGCAUCCACAGCGCAGUGAGAGACGAGAUGUGGCGUCUUGGAAAGGAGCAGAGCCCUGGAUACUUCCCCGAAGAUGAGAACUCGCGGGUCCCAGUCUCGACUAGGUGCAUCUUUGGAAUCUCGAAUCGCCCAUCUGGUCUCGGCAGCCGAAGCCAGCAAAUGGUGAUUGGCCAGGGUCAUGCAUACCUAGUCAUAGCAGCACCGGGGAACCGAACAUACUGGUUCCUCUUUGAUGGUCUUACAGAGACGAAGUACGGUAGGGAGAUUGGCAAGUAUUCAAAGCGGGACGAGGAGGCACUCGUCAAGGAGCGCUAUGACGAUAAUAUAACCGAGGAGGUCACCUUUGGCGAGCUAUACAGCAACAAGGUCAUGUCGACGCUGGUCCCGCUGGAGGAGUAUGUCUUCGAGCGAUGGCAUUAUAAGCGCAUCGUCACGAUUGGAGAUUCGGCUCAUAAGAUCGAUCCCGCAUCUGGCCAAGGCGGGAACGGCGCCAUGGAGUCGGCGGCACUACUCGUCAAUGCUCUAGUGCGCCACCUGCGGUCGAGUCCCCAAGGCUUGUCUGGCGACCAAGUGGACGCAGCACUGUCAGAAGUCCAUGCCCUCCGCUAUGAGCGCGCCAAGCGCCUUGUCGAACAAGCGCACAUGCUGCAAAGCAUGAUCAGCCAGCGAUUUAUAUUCUCUCGUGUCUUGCUCAAAUACCUGAUACCCUUCUUUGGCCAAGACGCCUUUGUCGACAUUGUGGUCCCGAUUUGCUGCGAGGCUACUAGGAUUCAUGGAAUUCCUGUUCCGAAGCGAUCUCACUUUGUUCCGUUUGAGGAUGAGUUGCCUGCCAAGCCCAUCAAGGGUGACCUUAUCAGGCGCAUCCCAUGGUUGCUGGCAUCCGGCAGCCUCGGGGUGCUGCUAUACGCUUCACUCAGCAAGCUGGACAUUGAGGCCGGCAACCUGCAGCAAUUGGGCAAUGGAGGCAUCUUGGGUAGACUGACUGGCCAGGGACCGGGGGCAAGCCUUGUCACAAGCCUGAUCCCGACUCUCUCUACCUGGCUCGUCGAGGCCUCCCGACAUGGAAAUACCCUCAACCCUCUCUCCUGGACGCGGGUCUACUCACUCAUCUACACGCUCGCCGGGCCGAGCUCGGUGCUCCCCUUGUUCUCUCUGUCGUCUGUCCUUUUCUCCACCAGCUCGACCACAAACAGACAUGUCAAGCCAGAGAUUGCACAGUCCAUCAUCCCAGCUAUUCUGGCAGGCUUUGGCCUGCCGACGGUUGCAGCGCUGUUGCCAAUCAAUGACGCCGAAAUAAGUGGAUACGUUGGAAACCUGUGGAAGGCGUAUCCAUUGCUUUGCGUGGCUUUCGCUGGAGGACUCAGUGCCGUGUGUGCCUCGAAGAGAAAGAGCAAGCAGGGAGCUGAAAGCAAGCCAGACACCAAGGCAAUCGACUAUGCCACCGAGUCUGAACUUGAGCUGUAUAAGAAUGAGGAUGUGGCACCCCUUAAGUUUGCUCAUGGCGCUGCAUUGGCCAUCAGUGUAAUUAUUCCGGUCAUCACGAAACUUGCAUUCUCCGGCGCUACGCAAUUCUUCGGAAGCACGGCACAGACGAGCCUGUCCAAGGUGCUGCCUCUUUCUCAGAGUGCUGGCAUCAUAGCUGCGGGAUCAAGCAUCAUCUAUUCCCUGUACGCUGCCUGGGAGCUGCGCUCUCUCGGCUUUGUGCGAACAACGCAGGCUGUGCUGGGGGGUUUGACAUCGCUGGCUGCUCUGGGUCUGGCUGGACCAGGUGCCGCGAUUUCCAGUGUUUCUUACUGGCGCGAGCAUGCCAUCUCUAGUCUUAGUCCUUAG